CAACAAUUAAAGCAAAACCAACGUGAUUAACCAUCCGUCCGUACGAUCUCUCUCUCUCUCUCUCUCUCUGUCUGAUCUUCCCCACGGAAGCAGCAGAGCAGAAGAACCCGAAAUCGUUGCGAGAUUCUUUGAUCUCUCGGAUCACCUGUCCGACCUCCAUUUUCGGCGGCGAGUCUUUCUCCAGCUCGAGCUCGUCGUCGGCUGCAGCCUUUUUGAAUUUCCAUCGCACCGCCUCGCUCCCGUCAGAGCAUUCCAUCUCUAGCAUGUCGGUCCUCGUUUCCUGCCGAGUACCCGUCCAGUGUGACUUCGUAUCUUGAUGGGGAGUCGUUAGAUCUAGCUAUCGUCGCUGGAUGGUCGAAGUUGCUCGCGCAUUUCGGUCGCUCUUUUGAUGUAAAGUUUGCGAAUUUGGUAUGUUGCUUUGCUGGGUUUUCCGUUUUGAUUGCCCCUGGGCCUUAGCUUGACUGCUACUUGCUGUUUCUUUCUUUCUUUUUCGGUGCCGAAUAACUUGAUUGUUGCUCGUGUGCUUAAAGAUCCCACCUUUGAUUACCAUCUGCUUGGAAGAUUAAUGGGCAUUCCUCUAAUUCUUGAUUCUCGUGGGCUGCUGAGCUAAUUUGAGCAUUCUUCAUAUACCCCACAAGAGUAUGAGGAAAAAUCAGCAUUCUCACGCCGCGAGAGCGUUUUCUGAUCGGCGAUGGAUGAUUCCGUUCUUUGCUAGCUUGCUUGUAUUUGCUACUUUGAUCAUGUCGGCUACCGUUGGGCUGUUUACACUGCCUUAUAACGAAGAUGAGUUUUCAGAUGAUGCUAUUUCAUUUAAUGCAUCGGAGGAUUCGAGCAGUCUCUUUGUAGAGUCUGAUUUACGGAGAUCUCAUUAUCAAAGCGGACAUUCGGGUGUUGAAGCACCUAGACUAGCCUAUCUUAUUUCCGGCACCAAGGGCGAUAGUCACAGAAUGAUGAGAACCUUGCAGGCUGUGUAUCAUCCGAGAAACCAGUACAUUCUCCAUUUGGACUUUGAGGCACCACCCCGUGAACGUUUGGAUUUGACUGCAUUGGUUAAAAACGAUCCUACAUUUCGUGAGGUGGAGAAUGUCCGGGUAAUGGCACAGUCUAACCUGAUUACCUACAAAGGACCUACCAUGAUUGCUUGUACACUGCAAGCAAUCGCCAUAUUGUUAAAGGAGAGCUUGGAGUGGGAUUGGUUUAUCAAUCUCAGUGCUUCAGAUUAUCCUCUGGUAACGCAGGAUGAUCUGCUUUACGUGUUCUCCAACGUAUCUAGAAGUCUUAAUUUCAUUGAACAUGAUCAGAUUUCUGGAUGGAAAUUGAAACACAGAUCUAAAUCAAUCAUCAUCGAUCCAGGAUUGUACCUGUCAAAGAAGUAUGAAGUAACCUGGAGCACUCAACGUCGAUCAGUUCCAACAUCUUUCAAGUUGUUUACUGAAGGCUAUUUCCACACUGUCAUUUGCAACAAUGAAGAGUACCGUAAAACUGCUAUCAGCCACGACCUACACUACAUUGCAUGGGAUAACCCUCCAAAGCAGCAUCCUCGCGUAUUGUCUGUGAAGGAUUUUGACAAAAUGCUCAAAAGUAAUGCCCCCUUUGCUCGGAAGUUUGAAAAGGAUGAUCCUGUCUUGGAUAGGAUUGACAAAGAGCUUCUUGGCCGAACAGGCCGUUUCGUACCUGGGGCAUGGUGUAUUGGGACCUCGGAUGGUGGGCCCGAUCCAUGCUUUGUGAGGGGCAAUGAUUCUGUGUUUAGGCCAGGACCAGGUGCCGACAGAUUGCAGAAGCUGCUUCAGGGCUUGUUAUCUGAAGAAUUUCGGAGCAAACAAUGCUCUUGAAGCGUGAUUGGCAAAGUCCCAUUACUUCAUUUGUACAUUGGUAUAUAUUCAUAUAGGUCUUACAGCAAUGUAAAACGGAAAAUUUUGUCUCAUGAAAUGAGAUUCUUUUGUCAUAUCGAGUCUCGGCAAGAUUGCAUGGUACUCCAGCUGAGCUGAUGUGCAUUGCUUUUCCUCUGGGUA